AUGGCUUCGUCACAGAUCUCCACCAGCUCCGGCAACAAGCCCGCCGACCCCUACAAGGAAAAGAAUUACGAUCUCCAUGCCCCGGUGCAAGAGAAGAUAGAGGAUCUGGUCAAGUUCAUCAAGGACAUCAAAUACGGCAUGCUCACGACCAAGGCCUCGGACAGCGAGCUGCUCUCUUCGCGCGCCAUGGCACUGGCCGGGACUGAAAACGGCGGCGUCGACCUAAUCUUCCACACGAACCUCUUCUCCGGCAAAACUUUGGACCUCACCGUCCACCCCACAGAGACAAGCAUGUCCUUCCUCGACGUCGUAUCGGGCGGCUGGGCCUCCAUCUCGGGAACCGCAUCUGUGCUAUCUGGCAAAGAUGCCGUUGAGAAAUUCUAUUCUCCCGCGCUCAAGGCCUGGCUAGGCGAUUUGGGCGAUGGGGUGCAUGAUGGUGGGCCGGGAGAUCCACGAAUUGGUGUUAUUAGAGUCGAGUCCAAGUGGGCGGUGCACGUUACGCCGCGCAAGGGCAUGAUUGGGAGAGCUGUGGAGAUUGGGAAGGCGGUUACGACGGGAGAUGUGCCGCCGAUUAACAAGAUUCGUGAGAUCAGUACCGAGGAGUUGGCUGAAUGGCGCCGCACUCACCCCGAGUAA